CAUAAUAUUCAAAUAUUAGAAUUUUGAAAACAAAUUAAUAAUUAUUAGACGAACAAAAUAAGCUAUUGAAAAGUGCCAAUGUAUUGAAAUAUAAAAAAUGGGACAUGUAUUGACAGCUGUAAAUGGAAUUGCAGUCACAGGACGUGAACUUGAAGAUGGAAGAGAUAUUUUAGAGAUAUUAGAGCAACCAGAAAGUUUCCCUAUAACAUUGAAGUUUAAUAGAGCAAAAAUGACGACAAAUGAGAAAAUAUUUUUAGCUUCAAUGUUUUACCCUCUCUUUGCAAUAGCAAGCCAAUUAAGUCCAGAACCACGAAGUUCUGGAAUUGAAAUUCUUGAAGCAGAUACAUUUCGUUUAUAUUGCUUCCAAACAUUGACAGGUAUUAAGUUUAUUAUAGUAGCAGAACCAUCACAGCCAGGAAUGGAAAUUCUGUUGAAGAGAGUAUAUGACUUGUAUGCAGAUUAUGCAUUAAAAAAUCCAUUUUAUGCACUCGAAAUGCCUAUUCGAUGUGAACUAUUUGAAACUAAUCUACAAACAUUGCUGGAAACUGUAGAAAAAUCUGGAAUAAGCAAUGUUUAGUUUAUAUUGGCAUUACGUAUACGUGCAGAAGUUGCAGGAGCGUCAAGACGAAAAUAGCCAUGAAUAUUCAUAUCUUUACGUGCAGCUUUAAUUGCUUCCUUGAUAGCAAAGAAUGCAGAUGAUGCCAGGAACAGUGGUGGUUCGCCAAUAGCCUGUUAUAUUAUUUUUUUGUAUUAUUUAUGUUAAAUCAGAUUGAAACUUUUUAUAAUUUCGAAAUGCAUCUCAAAUUCAUUAGGUUAAGCGCAUAUUCAAAAUCGCCGCAAUGAGCAAAAUGUGGUGUCGCGUCGUCGCGAUCGUAUCCGUAGUAAUAGUUUUUCGUUUUUUUUAUAUGGCGUUUUUUUAUAUAUUAGUUGCGGCGUAGUAAUAUCAGUAAAAAUAGUCAUGAACGGCGAGACGGAUGGAUAUGAAUAGAGAGCUGUUUCAAAAAACUAUAAUUAAUUAUAACGCAGUCCACUUACAGUCAAGCAAGUGUGCGUUAAUAGAUAAUUAUUUGACCAGCGUAAACUCCCGCUUCAGAGAUCUUAACAAUUUAUGCAUAUUUCAUAAUUAGUGACAAACCUUUCAUAGAAAAGAAAACAGAUCAUAUUGAAUGGAAAAAUUCUCUACUAUCUUUUGCGAUUUUUGCAAUAAUUGAUUGAAGAUAUUAAGGUAACGGUAAAUGUUUAGUUUAGGUCUUCCACCUCAGAAAUAAAUAAAUUAACGCUCAUUCGAUUCCUUUUUAUGUAAUAACAAAAA